UUCAUUUAUUAUUUGUAGCUGUGUGUCCAGUGGUGUGUAAUCCUGAGAACACAUAUAUAGGAAAGAGAAACUAAGACUUCACAGCACAUGGUAACAAGGAACAAGAGCACUCCCCGUAUCAGUUCAGAGUUUUUGCCACAAUGGAUGAAUAUCAGCAUUUCUUGUUUUUUGAGGCCACAGAGCUGACCGACAGGGAGAAGGACAAGAUCAGGAGACACUUUCAGCAAAGAAGAGACUCUGGAGGAGGGAACUGUGCCACGAUUGAAAAAGUAGGAGGCAACAUUUACAAAGUCAGUUUCAAGGACAAACAAGUCCAAGAAAGAGUUUUGAAGAGAAAAGUUCAUAAAGUUGCUCUCCCUGGUGGAGAACUAUGCCUGACUGUGAGCCAAACCCAUUCUUCAAAGAUCCAGGAUCAGCCCUCAACAAGCCAGUCACAGACCCAUAAUGAAGCGUAUGAACACCUCAGCGCAAAUAUGCACCAAGGAGGUAGAGUGACUGUURCUCUGAAGCCUCAGAUUCAACAGCAGCCAUCUCUGACUGCAGAUCGAAGCUUUCUUAAUACUGGGACCACAGAUAAGCAGUCCGCCUUCCAGUUCCUGGGUCUUUGCAGAGAAGAUGUGGACGAAGCCAUGGAAAAACUGAAGGAUCUGUAUAAGACACAGUGCUCUUCUCACACCUUCAGAAAGGAGGAAGUGGAGGACAUAACUAAGGAAACCAUGUUGGACUUACAGCAGCUGGUGGAGAGUGAGGGGCUUUAUAUGCAAAAGGACAUAAUUGGCAAUCUAACUGUGAAGGGUAUAAAGGAUGGAGUCAACAAAGUUAUUGUUUUAAUUAAUACUGGCAAGCUCAUAGAAAAGGUGAGACUCAAGGAGGAGGACGAGCUGUACACACGUGUGAUGUGGUGCAUCCUGGAACAAAAUGGAAACUGGGAAAGACUUCCCAAAACAGCCAAUCUCAACUUGGAAAAAGGGGAAAUAGCAGGAGGAAUACAGGAUGCRCAGGGAGUCCAGUGGCAGGUGGAUCUACAGAACAUGAAGGCCACAACAUCUGUAACUGGACAGAGAACAAAACUGAAACGACUUGAAAAUUUYCCAGAUUUUGUUUUCCCUCUGUACUGGGACAGCAUGGCUGCUAAUGAGACCAUGAAGAUGGUUGUGCUGAAGCCUUCCUCUCAGGAGUACCAGACAGUYCAGGGGGGCUUUAAUGGAACUGCUAACAACCACAUAAUCAAGAUUGAARGUGUGCAGAACAUACACCUUCGUCGAUCCUACGAGGCUCAGAAGAAGCGUAUGUCCGAUAAAAACAAAUGGACAGCAGGAGCAGGUGAAAAGUCUCUGUACCAUGGAACAACAGGCGACAGCUGUGUCUCAGUCAUGAACACUGGGUUCAACAGACGCUUUGCUGGGAUAAAUGCAACAGCUUUUGGCAAUGGAACCUACUUUGCUGUAAAAGCCAGCUACUCUGCUUAUUACGCCAAACCAGCUGUUGAUGGUUCUCAGCAGAUGUUCGUAGCUCGAGUUCUGACUGGCGUCUACACUCAGGGGCAGAGUGGGAUGAACGUGCCUCCAGUUCGGGACAGCCAGCAGCCUCACGAUCGUUAUGACAGUGUGGUGAACAGAAUGGAUAAUCCCAGCAUGUAUGUUGUUUUCCACGAUGACCAAGCCUAUCCAGACUACCUCAUCACUUUCAAGUGAAAGCGUGGUGAAAUAUUGUUUUUAAGGUUUUCGUUAAGUUCUAAAAGAGUCAAAAUAAAUCAUUUAACAGGAAUCUCUAAAUUACUGUGAACUAAAUAAAAUAA